AUGCGUAAGCGUAUUUCCCUCAGAUACACUGGAUACCGAAUCUACACCAUAAUAAGAAAAUUGCAACUGCGCUGGAGCGCUCACUUGGUGCGAAUAGAAGACGAGCGGCGGCCAAAACAACUAUUAUAUGGUGAUGUUACCACGGACUUCCAGCGAAGGGGAGGUCGAGCCCGGCGCUACGAUGAUACCUUGAAGAGCUCCCUGAAGCGCCUGCAAAUCAACCCUACCAACGUGGACGACCUCGCCCGUGGCCGACCGACUAGGAAGAGAGCAAUGAUGACGAGCGCAGUAAUCUACGAAGUCAACUGCAUCCCCGCCGCCAAGGCCAAACGUGAGGCUCGCAAACAUCAAUUGCCCCACCUCGAAACGCCAACUCUUAACCGCGCUAAACCUGUCCGCGAUGUCAGCGGACGUUCUGAGUACCAGUCGGUCUUAGUGGACAUUUCUGAACCAGCUGCAGCACCCGGACGACACCACCCGAUGAAUUCCGUCCACAUCUGCCUCGCUCCUUUCGCCGACAAUGAACACCAGUUGCACUCCCGAACACCCACUGCCAUUCCCCAUCGCCCCAACAUCCACUGCAGCGGCUGCCGUACCCACCGCCACUGCACCAAAUCCUGA